AUGAGCGCAUUAGGCGGCAGCAGGGACCCUGGUCAGGAAACAGCACCAAGAGCUGAGCUGGAGAAACAGCCCCAUGAGCAGAGCCUGCAGCAGCAGCUCAAGAACCAGGAGAAGGGCAAAGAGAUGGAUGUGGCCACAGCACUGCCAUCAGCAGUUGGACAGACAAAGGAAGUCUACUGUGCCCCUGAUUCUGGCCAGACCCUGGGGAUUCCACAUCUCUCUCUGGCCAAUGGGAUGCCGGUCUUGGGGCCACGCCCACAUGCUCUGCUGCCUAGUAGCAGUGGAAUCCCAUCUGUUGGCCUACACCACUACUGGCAGUUGAAGGAGGAGGUAGCGGUGGCUGAGUGGGCUGGGAGGUCUGAACCAACCAGACACAGUGAAACCGCUGCAGGAGAGAAACUCCCGCAAGAACAGCAGCAGCAGCAGAAUUGUCCUGCCCUUAAGGGCCUUGCCAAAUUCAAGAAAAGGAAGAAAACUCCCAAGGGAGGUGAGCCCAAGGCAAACACCCCUGGGGAUGGUCCUUCAACGGAGGAUACAGCCCAAGACCGUGCUGACCCUGAGCCUCCGGUGCCUUUGCACGCAGUCGGAGCAGCCAGCGUCAGGAGCGUCCCAAGUCCCGAAAACACCGGGGAUCUGCAGAGGCGCUACCAACACCUGGUGCUGGCCCUGGUCUCCAGCAAAUUAAAAAACCAGCAGCUCUGCACUGAGAUCCAACACCUGCAGCAGGAAAAGGAACACCUGCAGCAAGAACAAGCCAAAGAGAACGGGAAGAGGGCCCAUGCGCAAGAUGCGCUGCAAACGCAGCUUGUGGAAGUCCACAAGCGGUGGAUCCAGAGGUUGCGUUCCGAAAAAUGCACCUUGCAAUCUGCCCUGGCCCGAAUGCAGCAGGUGGCCGAGGAAAGCCACACGGAGCGUGAAGGUCUCAGCAGCCGCCUGCACGCUGCACAGCAGCACAUUGGAGAGCUCCAGCUCGCGCUGUCCGCAGUCACCACCCAGCAGCUUGACGCCGAGAAGCAAAACCUACAGCUCACCCAAGACCUCCGUCACGUCACGCUUCAGCUGCAGGAAAAGAGCAGGAGCUGUGAGGAUGCGCAAGCCAUGACCACCGAUCUGCAGAAGCAGCGGGAAGUGCUCUGGGCCCAGAAGCUCCACAUGCAGACCCGAAUUCACAAGCUCCAACGAGCCCUGGAGGAGCGGGCGGUGCUGAGAAGGCAGGGAGCCAACCUGCGAGGCCUCGUGAAGACACUGCAGGCGGAAAGAGACCAGAUUGCGCAGGACCUGAGGAGGGAGAGGGCCGUGUGGGAGGAGAUGGCCCAGCAGCAAGCCGAGGAGCUGAACCAACUGAGAGAGGAGCGAGAACAGGCGCUGAACCAACUGAGAGAGGAGAGAGAGGAGUGGGAGUGGCAGGUGCUGGAACUGCAGGCCAACCAGGAGGAACUGACAGAGCAACUGGCAGCGCUGCAGGCCCCUGCGGGACCACGCCAGGCUGCGCACCAGCUGCAGGCCCAAGCAUCCCAGAUGCAGGAGGAGUUGAAGAACCUGGAGCAACCACUGCACGGCCAGGAGCAGGCAAGCCAGAGCCCCCGUCUCCAGAACCUGGAGCAGCAGGAGCAGCUGUGCAGACUGGAGAAGAAGGGCGAGGAGCGGCCCAAGAUGGAUGAGCCCCCGACUUGCACACCUGGGCACGACGAAGAGCUCAAAGCUCAGCUGGCGCAGCUGCAGGAUCUCAGAGCCACCUGCGAUCGGCACACAGCCGCCAAUCAGCAGCUGAGCUCAGAGAAGGAGGCCCUGCAGCAGCAGGUGCUGAGGCAGACCCAGCUGGGUCUGGAGCAGCUGAGCCAGGAGCCAGUAGACAGCAAGUUGCUGGCCCAGAUGGAAAGGGAAGAGUCGCAGGGCACUCGGAAGCGCCCAGAAGCAACCGGGCAAAGGAAGGAGCAAGCGCAGGCCCAGCAUGGCUCCCCGGGUUUCCCUGGAGAAGGGGAAGGAGUGAGCACCGGGAAAGAAAACGGGGAGGAGGCAAGCCCACUCCACAUGAGUGUCCCCGAGGAUGGAGAGAACCCUCAGGUCCUGAGGGAGCUGCACCGCCAAGCCCUCUCAGCUGCGGAACCUACAAAGACAAAACUCAGCCAGCAGCCGCAGGAGCAGCAGGCCCGCUGCAGGGGCCUGGCCAACCUGGUAGCCCAGUGCCAGACCAAGCCGGAGCCCCGGGCACUCUUUCCCACCAGGCGGAGCCAUGGCCUGUGUGCGAAGAGGAGGCAGGACACACAGGUGCCCAAGAGGAAGCUGCAAAUCUGCGUCAUCCCCGACCUGCCUGACAGGGCGGAUUCCCAGAAUCAAGCGGGAGACCUGCAGGGUCCAUGCAGCCGGCUGACACAGCACAUCACAGCCAUGCAAGAGGCCAUCGCUGCCUGGGAAGACCAAAUGGAAACCCUGGCUCAGCUGCAUCGGGAGAAAGAGGAACAUGUCCACCAGCUCUGCGAGGAGAAGGAGAAGGAGGAGGAGGAGGAGGCGCUGCGGGAGCUGCUGUUGCGCCUGGCAGGUGAAGGCCUGGACUCAUCAACCUAG